AGAUUUCAUUUAUCAAAAAAUACUUUACAAGAGAACAAGUGAAAAACAAAAAAAAAUUAAAAAUAAUUAAUAUUUCAACUCGAAAUUGAGAACAAAUUUUAUUUCUUUCGAUUUAUUUGACAUCGUUUAUUAUUAAAUUACAACAAUUAAAUCAAGUCAAUUGUGUAAAAAAUAUAUACAGCGAAAAAAAAUCAGGGAAAAUGUCAACCGCAGCAUUCCAGACUUUUGAGCGAUUUUCGCAAAGUUUAGGACGUAAAUUUGAACCGGAGGUGCGUUAUCAUUUAAUGCGAGUAUACUUAUGUCUUGGUGCAACAACAGCAGCAUCAGCGGCCGGUGCCGUAUUAUUUCUGACCGGAAUCCUUGACACCGGUAUAUUAGGUGCCUUGGCUUCGUUUGCUCUGGUUAUGUGUCUUCAUUUCAUCAAAGACAAUGGAAAGAACUUUUAUCCACGUUUAGCAAUGCUUCUUGGCUUUGGACUAUGCUCUGGACAAGCUCUUGGACCUCUACUCGAAUAUAUUGUACACUUGAAUCCAGCUAUUAUCGUUUCAGCCCUAAGUGGAACAGUUAUAACCUUUUUAACACUAUCCUUGGCUGCACUUUUGGCUGAACAAGGAAAAUAUAUUUUCCUCGGUGGUUUGCUGGUCAGUGUUCUGAAUACCAUGGCAUUGUUGAGCAUUCUCAAUAUUUUCAUGAGGUCAUACAUAGUGGUCCAAUUCCAUCUUUAUGUCGGACUUAUUGCAAUGGCUGCUUUUGUCCUCUUCGACACACAAAUGAUCAUUGAAAAAUGCCGCAUGGGCAACAAGGACUGCAUUCAACAUUCGUUGGAUUUAUUCUUCGACCUAAUCAGUAUGUUCAGGAAGCUGUUGAUCAUUCUUACACAAAAGGAAGAAAGACAGAGGCAGAACAAGAGACGAGACUAAAAAACAUCCGUUGGCUGUUAAAAAUUUACAGUUUUCUUUGUGUUAAAUGAAAACAUUAACGAUAAUUAACAAUUUUUGGAAUAAGUUAUAGGUUUACUUUUGAAUUUUUCUUUGUUCGUUUAUUUAAGGUAAUGCAUCUGUAUACAACAAUUUUGGUAAACUUGAUGUUGUGUAUAUGAUAUAAUCGUAAAGACUUAAGAACAAAACAAAAAUGCAUUACAACUAAAAUUAAUAUUAAUAAAUACAAAUUCUAAAAACAAAA